AUGGGACAAGUAUCAGACUAUCACGUACUGCAUGAUGAAGAGAAAACAGUGAGACUAGAAUUGGAGAAAUGGCAUAACAUAGAAGAGAGUGUUCUAAAGCAAAAGUCUAGAGUCAACUGGCUUAAGCUAGGGGAUUCCAAUACUUCAUUCUUUCAUGCUUGUAUCAGGAACAGGCUUGCUCAAAAUCAGAUUCGAACAUUAACAACUAUUGAUGCAGCUCACCAAUUGCCAAGCAUUAAUUCUGAUAUUAUGAAGCGAGAUAAGGUUCUUAACAGACGACAACAAUUAUUAUUGAUAGCCCCUGUAACUAAGGAAGAGGUGAUGGAUGCUAUGAAGAAUAUUAAUGACAAUAAAGCACUAGGCAAUAAUGGUUAUAAUGCACUAUUUUAUAAGAAAACCUGGGGCAUAAUAGGUGAUGAAGUAAUAAUGGCAGUUCUGAAUUUCUUUGAGGAUAAGAUCAUGCACAAGCCAUUGAAUUGA